AUGAUGCUUACUUGGUCGCUAUUAUUUGCUCCUGUGUUGGCGAUGCCGACGAGGAGACUUGUUGCCGAGCCGAAACAGGCUCAGCUUAUACAAGAUGAUGGGCUUUUAUCGAAACCGCUGAGUUUUACUCGGAAUGGGACCUUUCAGAUAUCCAUCUUUGAAGAUCUUCAUUUUGGCGAGAAUGCUUGGGACACUUGGGGCCCUCAGCAAGAUAUCAACUCCGUUGAGGUCAUCAACAAGGUGCUCGAUCGAGAGUCUCCUGGACUUGUUGUCCUAAACGGCGACCUCAUCACCGGAGAGAAUUCUUUUCUAGAAAACAGCACUGUUUACGUCGACCAGAUUGUCCAGCCACUUAUUGACAGACGUCUCACAUGGGCAUCGACAUAUGGCAACCAUGACUACAGCUUCAACAUCUCUGGUGAGCGUAUUCUGGAGAGAGAGCAGCGUUGGCCAAAUGCCCGAACAAGCAACAUGGUUCAAGGACGAGAUGCCGGUGUGUCCAACUACUAUCUACCGGUUUACGCCGCAGGGUGCAACGAUCUUGACUGCGCGCCUGAACUUUUGCUCUGGUUCUUUGACAGCCGCGGCGGAUUCUACUUUCAGGAGCGCCAUCCGGAUGGGAGCAUGGUCGGCCAGCCAGACUGGGUUGAUGUCAGCGUUGUGAGAUGGUUCGAGCAGACGAGCCAGCAGUUUGUGGCCAAGUUUGGACGAGUCAUACCGUCGUUGGCGUUUGUCCACAUCCCGACCGAGGCCUCACAGGCUCUACAGGUCCAAGACGGGCCAAACACUGUUAAUCGGAAUUACCAACCUGGCAUCAACGACGACUAUCCAGUCGCCCAACAGGCACAAGGAUGGUGCGCCGAUGGACGCGACGAUGGGCCAUGCACCUACGGCGGACAAGAUGUCCCUUUUAUGAAGGCCAUUGCUUCGACUCCAGGUCUCAUGGCCGUCUUUUCAGGACAUGACCAUGGCGCCACCUGGUGCUACAAAUGGGAUCGGCUCGUCCCAGGGAUGACAGUGGCUGGAACCGGCGUCAACCUCUGCUUCGGACAGCAUUCCGGAUAUGGAGGAUAUGGCAAUUGGAUCCGCGGAUCACGGCAGGUCACCGUGGACCUCGAGACUCUUCGCGACAAUUGGGAGGCGAAGACGUGGAUUAGGCUGGAGAGCGGCGAUGUGGUCGGCUCGGUGUCGCUGAACGCAACCUACGGGAACGAUUGGUAUCCUGCGACUCCAAACGACAAGACGUUUUGUCCGACGUGCAAUUAUUCUGUUAUUACUCCGGGGCCGGGAUCCCUUCAGAAGAAGGUUCGUCCUGUGCGACGCCGGAUUUGA